GCGCUCUGCUGCUUACCGAAAGAUUACGGGCGCCAUCUUGGAUCAGGGGAGGUUUUUAAACUGGAAAAAGUCAAAGAGCAGGAAAACAAAAAAACAACAAUAAAACAUCGGCAAAACACGUCCGUUCGGAGCGGCGGCGAAAAUGACACUAGGUUUGAAGUCAUGACAUCUGUUUUAAAGGACUUUUUCGAAACUCGGACGAAGUAAAACGUCAACAAGCGGCGGAGCGGGAGACUCCUCUCGUCAGCUGGGAAAGUUGUUUUGUACAUGUUAGCUCGUUCGCGAACACCUCUAUCUGUCGGAUAUGGCAUCGGCCAAUGCAGAUAUGUCUGAGGUGGCAUCAGCUGGAUCUCAUUCAAAGACCAACAACAAACGACAAGCCACCUCAGACUAUGAAGACGACGAGGGAAGCAAGCUGUUCAGGUGUGAUGACGACGGAGGCGGAUCCAACGACAAGGAGAGAUUUGCCAGGGAGAAUCACAGCGAGAUCGAGCGCAGGCGGAGGAAUAAGAUGACGGCUUACAUCACGGAGCUGUCGGACAUGGUGCCCACCUGCAGCGCUCUGGCGCGUAAACCGGACAAGCUGACCAUCCUGCGCAUGGCCGUGUCUCACAUGAAGUCCCUGAGAGGCGGCGGCGGCAGCAGCACCGAUGGAGCUUAUAAACCCUCCUUUCUCACAGACCAGGAGCUCAAGCACCUGAUUCUGGAGGCGGCUGAUGGCUUUCUGUUCGUAGUGUCGUGUGAAACGGCCCGCGUGGUUUAUGUGUCGGACUCGGUGACGCCGGUUCUGAACCAGACUCAGUCGGACUGGCUCGGGUCAUCUCUGUACGACCAGCUCCAUCCGGACGACAUCGAGAAGCUCCGAGAGCAGCUCUCCACCAGCGAGAACAACAACGGCGGUCGGAUGCUGGACAUGAAAACAGGCACGGUGAAGAAAGAGGGAGGGCAGGCCUCGGUGAGGAUGAGUAUGGGCGCACGCCGCUCCUUCAUCUGCAGGAUGAGGUGUGGAGUGUGUCCUGUAGAGCCGGUGUCUAUGAACAGACUCAGCUUCCUGAAAAGCAGAAACAGGAAUGGACUGGGUCCUGCAAAGGAAGGCGAUCUGCAGUAUGUGGUCGUGCACUGCACAGGCUUCAUCAAAUCCUGGCCUCCUGCAGGAGUCACUCUUUCUGAAGAGGAGGCCGAUAACAAUCAGGGAAAUCGUUUCUGUCUAGUCGCCAUUGGAAGGCUACAGGUCACAUGUUGUCCGAGCGACACCAACGUUAAUAACAUCAGUGUUCCGGUGGAAUUUAUUUCCCGCCACAACUGUCAGGGUCUCUACACCUUUGUGGAUCACCGAUGUCAGGCGACGAUCGGCUACCAGCCUCAGGAAUUACUGGGGAAGAACGUUCUGGAGUUUGCCCAUCCAGAAGACCAGGGCUUACUGCGAGACAGCCUUCAGCAGGUGGUGAAACUGCGAGGUCAGGUGCUUUCGGUGAUGUUCCGCUUCCGCUCGAAAUCCCGCGAGUGGAUCUGGAUGAGAACCAGCUCGUUCACCUUCCAGAACCCUUUCUCCGAGGAGAUCGAGUACAUCAUCUGCACCAACGCCAAUGUCAAUAGAGGGCCGAAUCAGGAGUCCCUGUCGCCCCUCUCUUCCCCGGGGGUCUCGCUGCCCCCUUCACUGGGGCAGAGCAGUCCUAACUGCCCCUCCACCCCCAGCCCAGGGCAGGUCACAGCCAGGCAGAUGCAGCAGCAGCAGGCCGAGUUAGACGGAGGCAUGGGACGAGACGCAGACUUUGAAACCAGUCAGGUCGCUCUCCCUCAGGUUCCGGUGCAGAGUGUAGUCAGUCCUGAUCACAACUCUAAGGCCGUGUCCUCCGGCGGUCAGCAGGUUUACCCUCCAGCAGCGUCUUUCCCCAGCUCUGCUCGUCCAAGCGAGUCCUUCAGGUCAGCUGGAAUGCCCCAGCAAAUGGUUCCUCACUCGGCGGGGCAGAUGCUGGCACAGAUGUCCCGUCAGAGCACACCGUCUGGAGCCAGCAACAACCAGAGCCCCAUCCAGGCCCAGGUGGGUCCCACGGCGCCUCCUGGAGUCUGGUCUGCUGCACAACCCUUCAACGCACAGCAGAUGGCAGGUCAAGUUGGAAAGAGUCAGUCACCUCAGUUCAACAUGGGAGGCUUCAGCUCCGCCCCCUCAUCCACCACUUCCCCUUCCUUUGGCCAGAUGGGCGGGGCUUCUGCAUCAAUGGCCAACACAUCAAAUUACCAACAAAUGAACAGUCACAACAACCCUUCAACGAAUGGAUUCGCUGAUAUUAAUCAGAUGGGAGCUCAGUUCGGCUCCAGGCCAGCAGAGGCAGUGUCCGGCUGGCAGCAGUGGUCAAAUCAACCACACACACAGGGCACGGCUGACACACACCAGCAGCCUCAAAACAACCAGCCGGAGAUGUUUCAGGAUGUGAUCUCAAUGUUGGAUCAGUCCGGCGGCUUCAGUAACGAUGAUUUCGCCGAGAUGCCCAUGUUUCCUCCUUUCCCCGAGUGAUCCUGCUUCCUUCGCUUCCUUCACUCCCCGUUGCUCUCUAAGAAAUGCGCCGUUUCUUACUCUUUUAACCAAAUCUAUGGCGGAACCGAGGCACAGAGGGGUCGGAAAAAGAGCGAGAACGGAAGUUAUAAGCCAUAAUGUGAGAAUACAGAGUAGCACGCAGACAGACAGACAGACAGACACGUCGUUGAAUUGUGUUCACUUUAAAAAUACGCACAAUUGCACACUUCAAGCACAAGCGGUCUCACACUGUCUGCCGUACACGCACAUGCUUUGAUUAAUGAGAUGGGGAUGGGUUCGUAGACACACACACACACACACACACACACACACACACAAAGGCAGUCUGCUCUGUCUGUCUCGAACUGAUGUGUACCGAUUGCACUGCUUUUGACCCCCAUGAUGAAACGCGUGAGAACUGAAUUGUUGAGUUUGGCUGUGAACGUGCCGGUCGUCUAACGCAGAAGCUGCAGCUUGUUUUCUUUUCUUUUUUUAUUUGAAGUCUGGAAAAUCGACUCCAUUUCCACUCACAACUGUAAUCGAACUGGUUUAUCAGGAUGAUGAAUUUGGAAGCUGAAUCGCAAAGUAACUCAAUUGGAAUUUUGUGUUUUAAAUUCGAAUGUUUUUAAAAAGCGACUUUGAUUUCGUCAGCAACACUUUAUUUCACAGUGUCCUUGUUACACAUGGCGUCUACUUACUUAUCAUGCAGUUAACCCUAAAAAGACCUUAUCGUUAACCCCAUGCUAACCCUAAUUAUUAUUAUUACUCAGUACUUCAUGUAAUUACACUGUGAGAAGGACUGCUUAAAAUGAAGUGUAGCCUCGCUUCCUUACUCUAUUCUGCAUCCUGUUUGCUACCUCGGUUCAAAUUCAGAUGUUUGAUGAUCUGGCUUCAGUUCAUGUUCGGUGCAGUAACACAGACUCCGAUGCAGUAAAACUCCUCCGAUGUUUUUGCUUUAGAUGGACAGAUGCAUCUCCUCCUCUUUGCGUGCGUUUGACGUGUGAGCUUUCACUCAGGCAUGUUUUUGUGAACGCAGUGAAAAAGAUUGAGAUCAAGCAAUAACGAGCAGGUUCUGUGUCCUUCAAAGCCAUUUUUGUCGCUAUCCUAAUAAUUGUUAUCAAAAUGUCUCGUUUUAUUAUAAAAGAAGAAACCUUUAAUGCUUCAUCUGGCCUUCGUCUCUUCAGGUUUUCAUUUGGAAAUCGUUAUUCUUGUACAGAGAGUAUUCCAGAAUUUCUAUUGGUGGCGUUGAUUAUUGCAUUUCUUCAGAUCGAAAGCUUUUUAAUUAAAUGUUUGAUGUUUGCUUUUGAAUGUGGGUGUGUCUGCGUCUUUUUUCAGUACUUUUGUGCAUUAAAUCGAGUGCUCGUUUCACCUUUUUUUUUCUCGGAUAUGAAAGGGUCAGUGCUCCGGUGGCUUUUUUUCUGCUAUAUUUUCACACAGUUUUGAACUGCAGUUUGUGUACAACAUAGAAAAAUAAAUAUAUAUGUAUAUGAAAUAUUAAA